GUGUCCUCAGAGUUCCUGCAGAAGUUGCGGGAAUGCUUUGCUCACCUCACCUCACUCCGACCUGAUGGUUGCUUCUUUUCUACUGUGAGGUCUGUGGGAAGGAAGGGUCACUAUAGUUUUAAUUAUAUUUUCUUCAGGGUAAAUGGGUGCUUGCAAUGCCAAGAAUUUGGUGCUCCUUCAACAGGUUGAUACGGGCUGUAGCGCGCGUGUGUAGCGACAUCAGGUGCUCCAUGGGGCAUGAUGAGGCGUUCCUCGGUGGGAGUGACGGAGGAGAGAGCAACAUGACAAAUCCAUGGGCGGGUACACAGCGUCGGACGCAUCGCACGACACCCUUCUUGCUGCCCCAGACAAAUGAAGGAAUUGUAAUGCAGGCGUUGUACGUCGUAGUGACGCCUCUACUUAGUGGCGCGGAUAAAGAAUGGCACAGGUUUUUCAGGAGUCAUUUUGAUCUGGAGUAUGCCAGUUGUGAGUCACCGCUACAGGAGAUGGAGGAGUGCCUACGUGAGGUGCUGCUCGAGUGCGGCUACGGCGAGACGCCCCAAGUGGUAGCUUGCCUCAACCAGGAAGAAGGUGCCCCAGAUCAAGAGGAACAUGCGGAGGGAGGCUCAGCGAGGAAAGAGACAAGCUCGAAAAAUCUGAGCCGGCACGGCGACAUCCUUUUGGCUGCUGCCCUCAACCUGUACUCCGUGCUGUCAGUGCACGGGUGCUGCUGUCUCAGGGCGCCUCCAGCGGCAGGCAAGACCACUGUCUGGAGGGUGUUGGCGGCGGCGAUGAACAGGCGAGAAGGGAAGGGCGCGGCGAGGCGGGUCAGAGUGCGAGUAGUUGCCUGUGGUGCCUUCACGAGAACACACCUGCUGGGGGCGUGGCGGGAAGGAGGACGUGCGUGGAGGAAGGGGGUCCUGUUCUCCUCCCUCGCCAAGACCCAUCACGUGAGCAAGAGCGAGCAGUGGAUGGUCGUGGUGGGUCCCUUCCCGCGUGGAGUGCUGGCAGCCCUGGCCACGCUCUGCCACCCCUGCUCUAGCAUCACUGACGACGCCCUGCACCACCUCAUGCCGCUUCAAGGCUUCAAAUUUAUUUUCGAAACCGCUGCCAGGGAAGACCUUACUCCCCUCAUCCUCGUUAGAUGUCCAGUAGUAGAGAUGUCCGAGGAGGAGAUGGUGAUCGGCCAGGCUGCUGACGGGGCUCUAAGGGGAAUGGCUGGAACGUUGCAAAGCUUGCAGUCUGGGACACUGUUGGCCCAGUGUCGUUCUGCUCUCACUGAUGGUCUCCGCUCCCUCGGCCUGCCCUCCACUUCUCUGCAAUGCGUGGCGCAGUGUGCUUGUCGCUUGCUGGAAGGGCGGCUGACACCCACGGCGCCGCCCGAGGAGGUGACGGAGGCUUUGACACAUGUGCUAGACCUUCUGCACACUGCCAGAUACCCACACCUCCACCCUCCUAAUGGGACCUACACACCUGCCAGGCUGGACUCCAGGAGCCCCGCGCCCUCAGAUGCUUUCUUGGACUUUCCUGGACGAGUGGUGGCCAUUCCAGAGUUCCAAGCCGGCCUCACGCUUUUGCCUCAGCUUCUUGAUGCCGGCUGUCCGCUCCUCCUCCACUCUAAGCCUGGCCACGGACUCAGCACCUUCCUCGACAUAUUCGAGCGGAACCUUGCCCCCGCUACUCAUGUCAUCCGCUUCCGAUGCACGCCACUGACAACGUCUGAGGAUCUUUUUUCCUCCAUGAUUGGCUCGUUGCUCCCGUGUCCGCUGCAGAAGAGCCAAUCACAGCAGGCCUCCAGGCGCCCCCUCAGCAAUCGCUGGAGGACAGUGGACGACGAAGCCGAGGAAGGAGUGCGAGGUCUGGCCCCCGGCGACGAGGGUUUCUCUCUGUUAAUACUGGAGGACGCUCAUCUGCAGCUGGAGGCAGACGGUGCUGCAGGAACCAUCUGUGAGACCUUCAGGUACACCUCCAUUUAUUUAUCUUAUACCAUUCAUAACAUCUUCCCUUAAAUAACCGGAAUGCAUUUCGUCACUGAUCUUUUUA